AUGGCCAAGGUGGCUCUUCCACCACCCCUGAUGGUUCAUCGACACAAGAUCUUGCAAACAUCUUCCACCAUGGCAGUUACUCCAGCUCAAAAUGAUAAGCCGACAUCAACUAGUAAUACUAACACUACCCCAGAUGAUAACAACAAGUCUUCCACAAAUAUGACUACGACACCAGCGACUUCGCCAUCCAAUACUGGAUCCACCUCUCAUUCAGACACAACAAAGACAAACGGCACCAUUGCCUCAUCGGCACCAGCGUCGAAUGCACCCUCUUCCAACACAACUACCUCGGCUACUCCAGCCACUCCAGCUAAUUCAAACAACACGACUACCCCAACUAACGUCACUACCUCUUCCACACCUGGAAACUCGAGCGCCUCAUCACCCAAUGCUACUACAUCUUCCUCUUCCGAUAAUAAGGAUAAUAAGACAAUUUCGGAUAACACUUUCCCAGUAAACAGCACUAUUUUAUUUGGUAAUGCGACUAAUACGUCUUUGGAUUCUACCAACAGAGCCGCCAUUGGCUCUAAUUCCAUCUCCUCAAACACACCAACUACCACGGACUCGAAUGUGGGCGGUGCGAUGGCUACUGCGAGUGGUCCUGUUAGACCCUUUGCUCCUAACAGUGCAAAUCUUGCUUCAAGCGGCUCAUCAUCCCACUCUGGGCUAAAGAUGUGGACUGCAAUCAUCGGGGGAUCUGUGUUAGGAGGUCUAGUGUUGUUUGUUAUGCUCUGGUAUCUACUGACCUGGAAAAUGCGAACUCGCAAGGAUGUGUAUCGGGACAUGGAAGUAGAUUUCGGACCUACCGCUCAAGACGCCACCUGGGGACCUGGCGCAGACCAGGCGUUCCCUGCCCAAUUCCCUACUUUAGCUUCUUCGACCUCUGGAUCCCUUUCAUCAUCACGCCAGCUUCAAGGAUUUGAAAGCCCAGUCGAUCAGCGCGCUGGAUCAAGAAAAGACUCUGUAGGAGCCUUGACUCGAUCUGAUACGAACGGAAGUCAACCAUGGCAUUCAGCCGAAUAUGGAGGAUUAGAAGGACCUUUACCACCACCACCACUCAUGCAUCAUAAUAAUGAAGUCGCAGGAUUCAAUCGAGGAGCAGUAGGAUGGGAUCCUACACAUGAAAGAUGGAAUUCGGAAGAAUAUGAUCCUAAUAAUCCGAAUCAUGGUGCUUUUGAUCAUGUUCCACCACAACAAGUUGGGAUCAGACAUCAUGCUUCCUACAAUUCGUUUGAAGAGAUGAGAGAACAUCAACCUUAUAACGCGAGAGGUGGGAGUAGGUUUGCAGAGUGA